AUGGCACCGCAAACCAUCGCUGUCAUCGGAGGCCUAGAUGCCGACCUGAUUAUGAUUUCGAGUCGCAUUCCCGACCGCGGGGAAAGUGUUCUGGCGAACGAGUAUAUCGAGGCCCUGGGAGGCAAAGGGGCCAAUUCUGCAAUCGCAACUUACAGGACAUGCCACAAGCGGCCGGUGCAAGACGAACGAGCAAUUGAAUAUCUGUCCUUGGCCGACGACGGUAUCGAGGUCAAGAUGAUUGGCGCAGUCGGUGACGACCAGUACGGGGGCAAGUUCAUCGUCGAGCUCAACAAGAACGGAGUCGACACAUCGGGCAUCGUGACGGUACCCGACACGCGCUCCAGCGUCUGCUUCGUCAUGGUUGAGCACUCGACACGCGAGAAUAGGUGCCUGUUCACGCUGGGCGCAACGGCCACCUGGAAGAAGGAGCACUUCAGCAACGCCGAGAAUCUUGGCGGCGGGGCGCGGCCAGACUUAGUUGUAGCCCAGAUGGAGAUCAGCAAGGAUGUGUCAGAAGCAGCCAUCAUGUCGGGCCGGGAUAGGGACGAGGUCAACGAAGACAGCUGGUCGGCCAUCGCGCAGGAGUUUCUGGGCCGUGGCGUGAAGAAUGUGGUCAUCACACUAGGCGCAAAGGGUGCGUUCUACGCAAAUGCAGACGAUAGUGCUCACUGCCCUGCGUAUGAGGUUGUUGUUAAGGACACCACCGGAGCAGGGUUAGCUGGACCCCUGUAG